AUGUCGCCUAUAGUGUUCCUGUUUACCUUGCAUGUCGCAGCUGCUCUCGAUUUCUCAAAGUACCUCUACAAAGUCAAUGACUUCAAAGAACUUUCUCCACCUGGAGUGAGUCCGGAAUGUGUGGAAGAUAUGGCCAUUUUUGGCGCAAGCCUUGCCAAUUUCACUCGAACUGCGAGGCUUUGUGUCACCCAAGGAGGAUGCACCGAUGGGCAGAAAAAGCUGGAUUCUUUCGGAAAGUUACCACCCGGUAUAUUGGAGCUAUCGCCUGCUAGCCCAGGCUCGUACUACGAAUGCAAGGACUUGGUAGCACCAUACCAAACACACUAUUGUUACGCCGAUGUGGUCGUUGAAAAUUCCACGGUCGUUCUCUUUGGCCAUUUGGCAAUGAAAGUAGCUGUCUGUAUGCCGAGAACAUGCAGUGAACAGGGUAGUAUGAACAUCCCAUACAAACAAAUGGGCUGUGACGAGGCGUGA